GCAGCAGUGAUACACGCAGCCGCCCAACCUGGCCGCAGCAAGAUUGUUGAGCAACAUUUUUCCCCCUUCUGUAUGACACUGGUGCGAUUUAAAACAUUAUUAUAUUUGUUUUAUACAUUGGAUUCUUGGGAGGAUAAACGAAACGUGUGACAUAGAAGAACAAUAGGAGAACGUGUUUACGGUAUUGGAGACACGGGUACUCUGGACGUUCAUGAGGUGGACUUCGCCGCAUUUGGUGGGCUGCUCCUAGCUUGGAAAAUCCCACCACAUAUCCCUGACAUUCAUUCCAAACUCGACCUGUACGGUGAACUGUCACCGACGUAGAUACAUUUUAAAGGAAAAGCAUGGAAUAAAGCCUGACAUCGAAGGAGUCCUGAAGAAAAGUCGUUUUUUUUUCUGGUGAAAAGUAGUCCACUGCUUAUUUUAAAUAACCUAUUCAUUAUUAAGUAGCCUAGGAGAGGCAUAGCCUACACUUACAACUCAUCACAAGAUGUCUGUUCCGGUGUUCUGUAGAAUGUUUGACUGCCUGCAGGGGGCAUCAUCAGAGAACGUGUUGGCCAAGGCCCUGUACGACAAUGUGGCCGAGUCCCCAGACGAGCUGUCCUUCCGGAAGGGUGAUAUCAUGACGGUAUUGGAGCGGGACACCCAGGGUCUGGACGGCUGGUGGCUCUGCUCUCUGCAUGGACGCCAGGGCAUCGUCCCCGGCAACCGACUCAAGAUCCUGGUGGGCAUGUAUGACAAGGCGGGCCAGCAGCAGCAGCCUCCACUCCUCCAGGCCUCCCAGGCUGGCUCUGCCCAGACCCAGAGCCUGAGCCAGCUGGCCUUCACCCCGCAGAGUGCCUACACUAAGUCCUCCCCCUCCUCCCAGUACACAGCCAUGCACCCUGCCUUCUCCAACCCUGGUCCUGUCCCCGCCCUACCCGACAGCAUCUACAUGAUGCCCCCCAACCAUGGCAAGCCCUCCCCUUCAAGCCUGUACCAGAUACCCACGGGCCCCCAAGCCCCACCCAAGGCCCCCAUGCUCGCCCAGAAGCAGUACCACGCCCCUGUUCAGGACAUCUACCAGGUGCCUCCCUCCAUGGGGCCAGCUCCUGUCCAGGACAUCUACCAGGUGCCCCCUUCAGCAAGAGGGCCUGUUCCUGGGCAGGAUAUCUACCAGGUUCCCCCCUCACUGAACCAGACUCAGAUCCCCCCCUCCAUAGAAAAGAGGAGCUGGGACUCUAAACCUCUAGGAAAGGUGGUGGUGCCGACGCGGGUGGGCCAGGUGUAUGUGUAUGACACGGGAAUGUCGGAGCAGGAGGAGUAUGACGUCCCCCCCAGACACAUGCCUCCCUCCCAGCAGUCACAGGAUAUUUAUGACGUUCCCCCAACCCGCGCCCAGUACAGCCAACAGGUGUAUGACACACCCCCAAUGGCGGUGAAAGGCCCCCCCAGUGGUCAAGACAUCUAUGACACACCCCCCAGUGUGGACAAGAGCCAACUGCUCUCUCAGCAAACGGUGUACGACUUCCCACCCUCCGUCAGCAAGGAUGUUACAGACGCUCCUAUCAGGGAGGAGACCUACGACGUGCCCCCCCACUUUGCCAAGCUGAAGAGUCUGGAGAGCCAGAACCAGGGCUAUCUUAUCCCCGGGGGGCCUGAGUCCCCCAUCCCUGAAGAUGUGUACGAUAUCCCUCCCCCUCCCCUCACCGGAAAGCACCACCCAGACGCCCACCUGGGUCAGGAGAUCUACGACAUCCCCGCCAGUCUGAGGAAGGGUGGACUCCAUGACCCCCAGGAUGUGUACGAUUUCCCCCGCGAGCGGCCUGCAGGCGAAGACUCCAUCUAUGACAUCCCCCCUCAGGUGGUGCGAGAUGCGGGCGCCACAGAGGAGCUGACGGUCAGCUUCAAACGCCUGUCUGCCUCCAGCACGGGCAGCACCCGCAGCAACCUGUCCACCUCCUCUCUGGACAUGGUGCCAGUCAGGGAGUCGGCGGUGCCCAGCCAGGCCGGCCCAGGGAAACUGUUGAUCCUGGAUCUAGAUCAGGCCAUGGAGCGCCUCUCCCGUCUGCAGCAGGGGGUGGAGGGCUCUGUCUCCCUCCUCAUGUCCUUCAUCAGUGGGAACUGGCGCAGCCCCACCCAGAUGGAGGCCAACCUGCCAGCCAUCAGGCAGGCGGUGGACAGGAUGAGGGUAGCUGUCAGGGACCUGCUGGAGUUUGCCAGGGGGGCUGUGGCCAACUCUGCCCAGGCCACUGACCGCACGUUACAGGCCAAGCUGGGCAAGCAGGUGCAGAAGAUGGAGGAGGCCUUCCAGGGCCUUGUCAAGUACAGCCAGGCUCUGGAUGCUGUGGCCUGGGCCCCUUCUGCCCUGAUGACGCCCUCAGCAGGCAGCAGUGGGGAUGACCUGGACCGGCUGGUCAUGUGUGCCCGGGGUGUGCCUGAUGACACCAAACAGCUGGCCUCCUUUCUCCAUGGCAACGCCUCGCUGCUCUUCAAAAGGACAAACAAGCAGCAGCAGCUUCCUCUGCCCCCCGUCCCCCAUGCCGCUGACCUCAUGGGUCAGAUGACCAACAACAACAUCUCAGCCUAUCAGAUGGGAGACGGGAGAGCCAACAUUCAGUCCCGCCCCCUGCCGUCCCCGCCCAAGCUCACAGCCGAGGAGGAGACCCGUGACCGGCCAUACGAGACCACAGAGGAGGGCUGGAUGGAGGACUAUGACUAUGUGCAUUUACAGGGUAAGGAGGAGUUUGAGAAGAAUCAGAGGCAAUUAUUAGAGAAAGGGACCAGACACAACAAAACCACACUGGAACAGCAGCAGCAGCUGAAACAGUUUGAGCGACUGGAGCAGGAAGUCAGCCGGCCAAUCAACAACGAUAUCUCAGGCUGGACUCCGCCUCCCCACUACCCAACGGCCCAGCGGAGCAAGCUGAGCAUGGGUGACCGGCAGCUGCUGCUCUUCUACUCGGAGCAGUGUGAGGCCAACAUCACCACCCUCACCAACGCCAUCGACGCCUUCUACUCCUCCAUCAACAACAACCAGCCGCCCAAGAUCUUUGUGGCUCACAGCAAGUUUGUCAUCCUCAGCGCACACAAGCUGGUGUUCAUCGGGGACACGCUCUCGCGACAGGCCAAAUCCUCAGAGGUGCGGGCGCAUGUGGCCCAGCACAGUAACACGCUGUGUGACAAACUCAAGGACAUCGUAGUGAGCACCAAGACUGCAGCGCUGCAGUACCCGUCCCCCGGUGCGGCGCGAGACAUGACGGAGAGGGUGAGGGAGCUGGCCGGCUGCACACAGCAGUUCCGCAUGGCUCUGGGUCAGCUGGUGGCCAUGUGAACCUCCGGUCCUGAGACACUGACAUGGGGAGUCCACACUGGGACACACAGCACCCACACACCCAGUGGGUCACUGUCACAGACACAUGGACCCUUCAACCUCCUCUUGUGCUUUUUAUUUCAAAAAAGGACAACUAUCUGACUGGGCUGGGCCAUUGGUUGUAAAUGAAUCAUUGUAAAUAUUUUAAGUUACUAUUAGCCAGAAAAAAAAGUCAAAGAAAAUGAACUUCCACUAUAUAUAUAUAUAUAUAUGUUUUUGAGACCUGGAAAACAUGAUGUAGUUUUUAGACAAUGUCCAUUAUUAUUAUUGUUGCUAUACUGUAAUUAUUGCUCUGCUUAUUAUAAUUGUUAUCAUUAUUGUUAUAAUGCGUUGAUUAAGGAUGUUUACAUUUCAAACACAUUGUAUGUAUUACGUAAUGCUGUUUUUCAUCCCAGAUGAUCAAAUAUGGUGGAUUUUGUUAAAGUAAUGUACUUGUCAGGUGAGCUGUAGGAUAUGUUGACAGAAAAUGAAUAGCUUUCCUUGGAGCUGUCAAAGGAGGCUGGGGAUCAUGUUGUGAGUGUAAGGCAUUCUGGGUAGGGGCUGGGAGGGAGAGGUUUCCCUGACAGUUAAUAACAUUCUCAGAUAUACUGCUCUCAUGGGACAGGAUUAAUUUUAGUAGUUCUACAUGCUAAUUAAAAUGCCCCAAUUAGAAGACUGUCUUAUAAUACCUUUGAGAUAGAAGUCAGAAUGAAAAGAACAAACCUGAUUUGGAGGUAAAAAAUCGGAGGUUAAAGGAAAUAUGAAUUUACGUAUUUUUUUCUGCAUUACAACUUCCCUUGUUUUUCAAAAGCACAAAGCUUUAUCCGUCUGUCUGCUGCUCCUAGAGUGCUUGUUGUAAUCACCCACACUCUCCCAGACUCUCAUAGUCCUGCAUGCUCUCUGUGAUCUAAAAAGGGUUGGUUUGGACUCCUCUGUGGCUCCACUGUUCUAGAAGUCGCCUGUGUUCCAGACCAGGCUCUCUGCUCACCUCAUACAGGAAUAACUCUGCUUUCCCUCCCCCUAGCACUUCCUGGACAGCACCACUGCACCCUGCAGGCCAGGGAAACCCGCUAUGGGGGUAAAGGUGUGAGAAGUGCAUUUGAAUCAUUAGCAUACACUCAACACCCUUGUAAAUUGAUGAGCAAAUUAGGGAGUGGUUGUUUGUGAGCCACAUCUCUGCAUUUUACCAAAUGUAUGUGUACACACACACACACACACACACACACACACACACACACACAUAAUAUUGAAGGUAAUGUCUGUUUGCAUAACAGUAACCAUUCUUGACACUUCAAAUGACUUUGCAGCAACUGUAUCAUAUCCCCACUUCCAAUAGCUGUACCAGAGGUAUGUGAGUUAGCUUGGCCAGUGGGUGUGUUUUACUAGUUCUUGAGUCCUGGCGACAUCUCCACAUGAAGCAGAGGAAUCUGGUGCCGCUCCAGUUUCCAUUGUCCAGUUUUCUAAAACCUGAUUGGCUGUAUUCCAAGUAUCAGAUUACAUAUUGUACUAUAAAGCGCUGCAACAUGUUGUUGUGGAUAUAGUUGAAACCCCUAUCAAGUAAAAAUAAUACCUUGAAAACAAAGCAGACUGGUAUUUGUGGUGAUGUUAUUAUGGUCUCAAAUCUGUGUUUUAAGAUUUGAAAUAUAUAUGUUAAGGACAUUGCAUAACUGGAAAAUAUAUGCUUAAUAUAUUUUCAUUAAAAAAUAAACUUCAAACCUA